GUUGAUUUUGUUGAUAUCUACAGGGAGCUCUUUUCCUUCCCCCCGAUCCCGCGCGCGCCAUGGGAUGAGAAGCUGUGUGCUUGGCCUGGCCAUUUCCGCUGGCUCUCUGAUUUGUAUUUUUCUCGGAAAUGCCUCAACUCGCCGCUUGGCGUUUCUGCACUUUCGACUGCAUGGCGGCCACUACCUGCAGGGCAGCAAGGGAAAUAAGACCAGCCAGGCAACGCCUGAGACCGAGCCGGAGUUGCGCCUCGCCUUGUUCAUGACGACGCAUUGGUCUGCCUUGCACCAGGGCUUCCUGCCGUGCUGGGGCUUUGCCAGCAAGCACCUCAACUUGUUGCGGCAGAGCGAUCUGGUGAUUUACACCUCCAAGCGCCCCAAAGAGGAGCAGCUGGCGCAACUGCACUUUCGGAACAUCACCGUGAGGGAGCACAAAGCUGCUGGGUACCAGGCGGGCGCAAUACAGGCCUUGGUGGAUGGCUUUGGAUCCAAAGGUUUUGAGGAGAAGUGGUUUGAGGAGUACGACUGGGUGAUCCGCCUGAAUCCGGAUGUCUUGAUCAUGGACGCCGAGUGGCUGCAGGCCACCAUGCAGAACGACUCAGUGGACGCGAUCUUCCAGGCCUGCGACAAGAUGCGCAUCCACACCGAUUUCUUUGCGGUGCGUGUGCGCGCGGUGAACCACACCCUGGUGGACGUCACCAGGAAUGGGAACGCCGAGAUGCACGCGACGCUCAGUUUCGGCAACAUCAAGAAGUCGGGGCGCUUCGUGUGGGUGAGAGGAGGAGAACCUGCUGGCAGUAAUUGCAAGAUCAUGGGCAACCGCUCGGCGGCGGUGCACAACCACAGCCUGGUGAAGUUCUGCCCAGACUACUUCCGAGAACGCUCUGAGCAGUACUGGGCCCCCUGGAAGAAGAAGCUACUCCGCUGAGAAAAGCGACGAGCCCCAGCGAGGCCUCUUGCAUGCGUUCUUCUUGCGUCGACCUGGGAAGGCGAGCCAUGACUUCUUAUGGUUGUUGCCGAAUCACGUCUAGCAAUCCAACGUCGCACUGCUGUCCAGAGCUUCGACCAAGUUUGGCCUUUGGCCUUUAGGAGCGGCCCAGUCCGCCUGCAGAAACUGUGGGCGGGGCAUCCCGUAGCUGACUUGGGGAAUAUCUUCGAGUC